CGGUUCAGGUGUUUUGACCAAAACUUCAAGUAAACAUUACGAAAUAUUUCUUAAUAACUGCAAUAAAGACACAUUCUUAAUUCCUGAUAUUAUUUAGUAAAUACAGUUAAAACACACCUUAUUAAUAAAACUUAUUUUUGAGAACCAGAAAACAAAAAAAAACAGACGUUAGAUUAGAUACAUAAAUUUAUCUUAAAGAUAUAAGUGUCAAUUUAUAUCAAUAUCGAAAAUAUAUGAUUUAUUAAUGUAAAGUGUAUAGUUUGUGAGUGAACAUGAGUGCUGUAGUUAAAACACUUCAAGGAGCUGUACAGGGAAAUUCUGGUACUGACCAUGAUGGGAAUACUUUUUACAAAUUUCUGGGAAUACCAUACGCCAAACCACCUGUAGGAGAUCUUCGUUUUAGGGACCCUCAACCGCCAGAAUCAUGGAUUGGUGUUCGUGAUGCUACAAAAGAAGGCAGCAGUUGUUACAACACUAGCUUUGUUACCUAUCAAGUUGAGGGAUCAGAAGAUUGUUUAUAUCUAAACGUUUUUACAAGAAAUUUACCAGAAGAAACAGAUAGUUUGAAACCGGUAAUGGUAUGGAUUCAUGGUGGAGGUUUUGUUAGUGGAUCCAGUUCAACCCAACUUUAUGGUCCAGAGUUUUUGCUUACUCAAGAUGUAGUUCUUGUAACCAUUAACUACCGACUAGGAAUAUUUGGUUUCCUGCGUAUAAAAGAUCCAAAGUUUCACAUAAAUGGAAAUAUGGGUUUUAAGGACCAGGUAGCUGCACUGAGAUGGGUAAAGAACAAUAUAAUUCAAUUUAAUGGCGAUCCAAACAAUAUCACUCUGUUUGGCGAAAGCGCAGGUUCAGCUUCGGUUCACCUUCACAUUUUGUCUCCACUUUCCAGCAAUCUAUUUCACAAAGCAAUUCUUCAAAGCGGGUCUGCUCUAAAUCCUUGGUCCGAAGAAUGCAAUCACAGCGCUGUAACCAUUGCUAGGUUAGCUAAUAAGAGCGUAGACACAGAAAAAGAAGCUGUGGAGUACCUUCGAGGCAUUUCUGUAGAAGAACUGUUUGCUUUACAAACUACAACAAUAGCAAACGCAGAGCCAGGUUCAAUAUGGCCAUUCGGUUUGGCAAUCGAGGAUAGCUCAAACAGAGGUGCCUUUAUGUCAAGAAGACCUAUAGAUAUUAUUACCUCAGGGGAUUACAACAAGGUCCCUAUUAUUUUCGGAUAUAAUAGUAGAGAAGGUCUCGUAUCUCAAUUUAAUAAAGUUGCCAAGGGAUCGUUUAAGGCUGAAAAGCCGGAACAUUUUAUACCGCACAAUGUGAAUUUCAAAAACAACAUAGUUCUUCGUCGAAAUUACGUGGAUAAGUUGAAAAAUUUGUACUUUUCUGGAACUACAGAAGAAGAGGCUGUGAUAUCAAUUUUAGGAGACGCCUGGUUUGUAGUCGGCAUUGUAGGAGCUGUAAAGAAUCAUUCUCAGACAUCUAUGUUACCAAUCUACUUAUACAAGAUGUCUCUGGAUACUAAGUUAAAUAUGUUUAAGACUUUGCUAGACAUUAAUGAUAUUCCAGGAUGUGCCCAUGCUGAUGACAUUGGCUAUCUGUUCAAAACAUUCGUAACUCCACCUAUCGAAGCAGACAGCACUGAAGACAUCAGUUUGAGGAAUGUUCUGAAAUUAUGGACCAACUUUGCCAAGUAUGGCGACCCCACUCCUGACGAAACCGAAUUCGGUAUUACAUGGAAACCGACAAAGGCGCGCCAAUUGAAUGUUUUGAAUAUUGGAUCAGAGCUAAGUUUGUCGGUAAAUCCCGAGAAUAAGAGGCUGGAGUUAUGGAGAGAAUUGUACAGUCAGUCGCAAGCUACAAUAAAAUAUUUGUAAAAUAAAAAUCGUCAAUAAAAAAUAAAAUGAACGUUAAUAUAAAUU